AUGAAACCGGACGGGGCGGUUCUUAUGAUCGACCGGGACGCUCUUGCUGCUCAAACAUAUAAUAUUAAUCGAAUGUUCAAGGAGCAUGGUCAAUAUAAUCCGUUUGGUCACCAAAAGGAAGUUGCUGUUAAAGGUCAAAUUCCGUCGAACGCCGUUCGGGCUGUUAUAUUUUUUAACGACGGAGAGAAAAGAACUCAGCGGAAUCCCUUUUAUAACCAGUGUAUAUAG